CAACACAGUUGAGAAACUUCUCUAUAUAUACCUCAUUCCUUCAGCUCUUCAAAUCACAAAGCAAAGAAAUCCCAACAAAGCCUUCUAAGCAAUCUUAUUCUUCUCUCAAUUCUCAUCUCAAAAACAGUCAGGAAUUAUGUCUCUUAUUCCAAGCAGUUUCUUCGGCGGCCGGAGAACCAAUGUCUUCGACCCCUUUUCUCUGGAUAUCUGGGAUCCAUUCCAAGACAUCCCAUUCCCAAGCACAGCUCUCUCAGCUCCUCGCUCUGAGCUCGCAAACGAAACUUCAGCGUUUGCCAACACACGCAUAGACUGGAAGGAGACACCGGAGUCUCACGUUUUCAAAGCUGAUCUUCCAGGGCUGAAGAAAGAGGAAGUGAAAGUGGAGAUAGAAGACGGCAGGGUUUUGCAGAUAAGUGGAGAGAGAAGCAAAGAGAAGGAAGAGAAGAAUGACAAGUGGCAUAGAGUUGAGAGAUCAAGUGGGAAAUUCAUGAGGCGAUUCAGGCUGCCGGAGAAUGCGAAAGUUGAUCAGGUUAAGGCAAGUAUGGAGAAUGGAGUCUUGACAGUGACUGUGCCUAAAGAGGAGGUCAAGAAACCAGAUGUGAAGGCUAUUGAGAUCUCUGGUGGAAGAAAAUAAAGGCUAAAUUCGAUCUUUGGUGUGUUCCAGUUUGGUCUGAAAUGGUAAUAUAGUACCAUGCAAUAAACGAGUAGAUGUCUGUGAUCUUCAUUGUAAUGGGUCUUAUGGGCUUGUUUUGUAUGGAGUUGUUGUUUUAAUGUACUACUGAGUUCUCUUUGUCAAUAAAGAUUUGAGCUUUGUGUUUUCUA